UCUGAAAGAAUUCAAAAAUCACAAGAUUCGAUGAGAGCCACAAAUUGAACUUUUGUCUGAAGACUCCGCGAAAUUCUUUUGUAGUAUGACUGGCGAAGCAAGUUUUCGUGAUAGUCUAUUGGGAUUGAAAAUUUUUGAUACCAACGGUGAGGUAUUUGAUGCUGCGUCGCUUUUUCCUUCAGGACAGUGUAAUGCAGUUGCUUGGCUUCGACAUUUUGGUUGUGUAUUUUGCAAGCAGCUCGCGGCAGAAAUGGCUCAGGUCUACAAGCAACAGGAGAACCUUGGAGUAAGGAUUGCUGUCGUCGGCCAGGGUAGUUGGCAAGACGCAAGAAACUUUAAGGCCGAGAUUAACUUUCCUGGUGAUGUAUAUACGGACCCCGAACUAAAAACUUAUGAAGCACUCGAGUUCACAAGGUCUGUAAAAAGUUUCUUACAACCCAGUCUAUUGGUCAGAGCAUAUGCAGCCUUUCGUGAAGGCUUGCAUCAAGGACCCAUUCAAGGGAAAGCAUUUCAGAAUGGUGGGGUUAUCGUUGCAAAUGGUGAUAAACUGUUCUUGCUAUAUAAAGAUCCAGCACCUGGAAAACAUGUGUCGACACAGCACAUUAUCCUAUCUUGUAAUGCAUGUAUUGAGGAUAGUCAAUCACAAAAAUAAAGAAUGCUGAGAGAAUCAACGUUGUACAGCAA